AGAGGUUCAAAUAAAGUGAAAACUAAUUCAGUACAAGAUCCAAACCAGAAGAAGCAUGAAGAACUCAAUUGUGCUUCCCCUUCUCUCUGUGACUCUUUUAUUGAGUCUCCUUACCCCUUCUCUGGGCCAACAACCCAAGCUCUGCCCUGUUACUUUCCCUUUACCAGUUAAAGGUGCAUGUGGAAGUGAUGGGGAUUUCAGGUGUAUUGAUGAAGCACUAAAACGGUUUGCAGCAAGUCAGGUGCCUCAAAAAUGUUCAUGCAGUGAUGCUAGACCUGCAAGUAGCCAGUGCCAGUGUUCCAUUAUUUGUACCAAUCCCGCAAACUAAGCGUUUUUUAACUUAUGUAAUUGCUUUUUCUGGCAGAUUCUACGAGAAAAUUCUUUGUUGAAUAAGAUUUUGUGGGAUUUUGUAAUUUUUCAUCAUAACCUCAACAGUACAAAAGAAACCUAAAU